AAUCUGAUUCGUUUACCCUGCCGUUGCGCAUACGAAGUUACGAACCUUCUCUUCGAUUUUGUCUGUCUCGCUCAUUCUCAACCGCAUGCUUGGAAAUGGAGGCAGCACUGGGAUUGAUGAGAAGAAUCCCUCCCAAACACACAGAAGCAGCCCUCUCCGCCCUCGUCAGCCUUUUGCCCUCCUACUCCUCCGAUCUCCUCUCUCAAGUCGAUCAGCCUCUUCAGGUGUUAUGUGAUGUGGAUAGUGCUAAAGAAUUCAUCUUGUGUGACUAUAAUAGGGAUGCUGAUUCAUACAGAUCACCAUGGUCAAAUAAAUACCAUCCUCCAUUAGAAGGGGGGCUGUAUCCAUCUCCUGAAUUGAGGACACUUGAAAUAGAAGCAAAUGAAGUCUUCAGUGUAUAUCGUGACCAGUAUUAUGAAGGUGGUACUUCAUCAGUGUACCUAUGGGAGGAUGAUGAAAAGGAAGGCUUCCUGGCUUGCUUCUUGAUAAAAAAAGAUGGAUCAAAGUAUGCACAUGGUGUGCGAGGUUACCUGAACGAGGGAGGUUGGGAUGCCAUACAUCUUAUUGAGGUUGGGCCAGAAGUGGAAGGAAUGGCUGAUUACUGUCUAACAAGCACUGUGAUGCUGUCAAUGACUACAGAUCAUGAGAAUUCUGGUACUUUUAGUUUGUCUGGAUCAAUCCGCAGACAGAUGAAGGCGGAACUGUCAGUUGCAGAUGGGCAUCUGGCUAACAUGGGAAAGCUGAUAGAAGAGAUCGAAGGAAAGUUGAGGUAUUCACUUGAUCAGGUGUAUUUUGGGAAAACAAAGGAGAUGAUAUGGACAUUGCGCCCUCCUACGGAACUGCCCAGCACAAGACUGCUUCCAUGAACUUCAAACACACACACACACAUAUAUUGAUUGACUCAUAAAUUUUGUGUUUUUGUGUCCUGUUUUUCCAUUUUUGGUUACAUUCUACUACUGUUGGAGCUUGCUAUGUAACCAUCAUCAUAUAUUUUUAAAACACAACAAAAGCUACAUUAUAAUUUCA